CACUGACCUGGUGCGAUUGUUUUUCUCGCGGCUCAGGGUGGCGCUGCUCGCAGAGUGCAAGUCAUCCGUUCCUCAGAAUCACCGACCACAUCCUCGUUUGCACUUCCUGAAGUUGCAUCUCCCAGCCUCCCCUCUGAGGCAGAAUGCAGGCAUCGUGCCGUUGGCCAUGAAAGUGUUUGGCGGUUGGUGGCACCUGUCACAGAGGAUGAUCCCCUUCUUCCAUGUCCUUCUUCUUCUCCUCUUCUACUUAUCCAUGUCUAAUGUUGUCAUGGGUGACCAGCAUAAAGCCCAAGACCACGAUGUGAGUGGUGUCCUCUUGGUCACCAGUACCUUGGGGGUGGGUGAUGUCUCCAGUGUCCCAAACCAGCAUGUCUCAAGUCACCUAGAUGGGAAGGACGUCACUAGUGUUCCUGAUGGAGGCGACCUCCGCAGUGAAAUACCUGGAACUGGUAGAUCUGAGGUCACUAAUGGCCAGCCACCAACCAGUGCCCCGGAUGAAAAAGACCCGACUACUACCCAGGUGGACACCACUGCUCGAGGUGUGUCGAGUCUGUCGAUUGGCACUGGUGUGCCACAAGGGGCUGUGCCCACCAGCAAAUGGCCUGACAGUAGUGGUGUACCAAAUGGAGGAGAUCUCAUCACUACUCAGCCCAGCACAGGGGACUCCACAAUUAAUACUGCCAUUGGGCCAUCACAUGGAGAUCCUGUCACCAGUUACCAAUUUGUCACCAGCAUCUUUGGUGUUUCAGCAGGGAGUGACAUCUCCAAGGUCACAGGAGGGAAUGACCUCACCAGUAACCAGCAAGUCUUUGGGGACCUACGUGGGAAGGACGUCACAACGUUUCAAGAUGGACUUGGUCUUUCCAGCAGCCAGCCUAUCACCUUUGACCCCAAUGGGGGUGACCUAACCAGCAACCAGCUUGUUACCACUGUCCCAUAUGGAGGUGACCUCAUAAGUAGCCAGCCUGGCUCCACUGUUUGGAGUGGGCCUGACCUCACCAGUGUCCAAGAUGGCAGUAACACCUCCAUAUUCCCAGUAGGAGGAGACCUCAUCAGUAGUCAGCCAACCGAGAUGGGUGUAACAGAUGGCAUCAACCUCACCAAUGAUACCAGUGCCCUAUAUGGUGAUGAGUUUAUUACUGCCCAGCCUGUCACCACUGUCCAAUAUGAUACUGAGCUGACCAGCAACCAGUCUGAUACCAGUGUGUGGGCUGGACCUGAACUCACCAGUCCCAGUGAGCCAAGUAAUCAGCAUGGCACCGGUGUUUGGAAAGGGUUUCAUCAAACCAUUGAUCAGAUGACCAGUGCUCUGGAAGACACCACCAGGUGGAGCCUCUCAACCAGAAGACCCUCAGUCCCACCUACAAAUGACUCCUGCGGCAAAGGUCUGGAUGGGCUGGACCUCCACCGUGGCCUCAGGCGCCCCUGUCUGAUCAUCCUGGCCAUUCUUGGACUGGUUAUUUGCAUAUUCAUGAGCACCACUGUGUUCCUGGGCACCAAGCUGUUAAUGCGAAGAGCUCCUAGGCCCAUCAGAAAGCCCGUCCAAAACGGGACUCUCGACCGACCACCCAGCCGGUCCAAGAGGUCAACGGAGGAGAAUGAGGACACCUUGUGGAUGCAGCCCAGGGUCACCAUGGAAGAAAUCACCGAAUUCUGGUAUGCUAAUGGUGUGCAGCUCAGGGAUAUACAGGGGAACAGCUGACACCGAAUGGACUGCUCGGCCAGUGGACUCAAUCAGACCGGACUGAAGGGAACUGUGGGAGGGACAAGGAGAGAAAAAAAAAGUGUGUGAGAGAUGAGCAGAGGGGGCCAAGUCGGAUCGCACAGGGAGCAUUCACACUCAGCAAACUCGGCAACACAGCGCACCCGUGGAGUACACACAUUGCAGACAUCUGCACACGGCUGCACUCCAAGGUACGUGCAUCACACAGACACACUGUCACGCCAGUGUGUGCCAAACGCCGCCAGUCUUACAGCCCUCAUUGCUCAGAGAUUAAGCAAGCAUUUCCUCACCCACAUCCUCACCAUGGAUAACCUCAGGUUACCCCUGCGCUGGCAUCUAGAGAGGGUCUUCCGAAAUGGAGCAGCAAAAACCAAAACUGGACAGGAAAUGGGAGUGGGGCUAGAGAGGAUGGGGUCCUGAUGUGUUUAGGGGGGCUCAGACGGUGUUUAUGAAAUGGCCUCAUUGGAGUGAGAGGGUCUCAUUUUUAUUGAUUAUAAAUUCAUCUUAAUUGAGGAAGAGAAUAAGAGAAGGCGGAGGGGGGUGAAGGGAGAGGAGGAAAUGCAAAGAGACGGCAAGGCAGAGGAAAGAAAGAAAGAAAGAAAGAAAGAAAGAAAGAAAGAAAGAGAAUAUUUAUAAUGCCUUUCAUAUAAAGUUUAAUUUAUAUUCAUGAAAACCAAGCAUCCAAUCAUCGUCAGGCUCAUUUAGUUUAAGCAGAGGUUGGAGUCAUACUGAGUACAAGGCAGGAACCAAUCUGGGACAAAGUAGAUGUCUGGCACAGCCUUUAAUUAUAAAAUAAAACAAACAAAUGAACAAACGUACGUACGAAAGAAAGAAAGAAAGAAAGAAAGAAAGAAAGAAAGAAAGAAAAACAAGCUUCCAUCCAUUUAUUAGCAGACUUAUUUAGUUAAGCAGAGGCUGGAGCCUAUUGAAGCUGCACCAUGUGCUAGGCAGGAGCCAGUGUUGGGUGGGGUUGUUGUUCAGUGUGGGCAUUUAUAAUAAAAUACAUCAUUAAAGAAAAGAAAAAAAGAAUUGAAAACCCAUAAAUCUUAACUCCAGAUUUAUAGAGUGCUUUCAUUCCAAAGUAUAUUAUAUAUGCAUGAAAAAAUAUAUAUGUAUAAGUAUGCAUUUAUUAUUGGACUUGUUUAGUUUAAUUGGAGUCUACUGGAGCAGCAGCAAACACUAGGCAGGGACCAGUCUUGGGUGGCUUAUUGUACAGUGAGGUAUUUAUUGUAAAAUACCAAGAAAGAAAGAAAGAAAGAAAGAAAGAAAGAAAGAAAGAAGGGGAGUAUUUCAGUUUCCAUUUCAGUUAGGAUGCUGGGCAUGUGCGCUAGGCACUGUUUCCGCUGGCGUGCCUUCUCUAUGGGGUUGGCACAGGUCCGACUGUAGCAUUUUGGCUGCCCUAGGUGAAGUUGUAAAAUGGCACCUGCUACCCCCUUUACUUUGAGGGGAACCAUCACUGCUAGACCAGUACAUAGCAACCUGGAGACACGAGAGAGGAGCCAGAACUGGGAAGAGUGGGGGGACUGGAUGUAAAACAAUUGGAACUUGAGGAGUGUCAUUUCAGAAAAAUAUAGGAACUGGGCUGUAUUAGUAGGCUUUAUUUAUUUAGGUAUUCAUUUAUUGGCAUUUAAUGUUUGCAUUGCAUAAUCAAAUUAUUUAAACUCUAAUUAUGCUAUGCAGCUCUUUAUUUUAACCUACCAGGUAUCUCAUGGUAGUUACAACCUUACCAAGUGUACUAAGGAUGCACAUGAGAGAAUUAAAUGUUGGGGAGUCAUUUUGAGAAAGACUAACAAGUGCAUAAGGGUGUAAAGAGUUCCAGCAAGCGUGGCACAAAGAUAAAUAACAUGAGAGAGUGAGAGACUGGUGAGCAGCCCCCUUUCCGGUCGACGUGUUUCUUUUAUGCUGUGAUCCUGAAGGGGGCGGGGAUUGAAAGAGGGAGUGGAAGUGACAUCAGGGCUCCUCCAAUCACUGAGCUUCUGAACUGAGGACUGGGAAGAAGACUGUUAACGAACAUUUUCAGAUGCUUGAAGGUGACUCCCAAACGCUCAUGUUUGGCACAAGAUAGCUCCAUGAACAUAUACAGUUCAUUUAGACACUGAAAUCAACUGACACGAUUAAUGUAACAAUAAAAGGGAAUGAAUUUUAAGGUUAAUGAUUAUACUUAAAACAUUUCUGACGUGUGAUGGAAAAACCUUGUAAUUGCCAUUUUUUUCAAAAUUGAGUUUUGUUUUUUUUUAGUUUUCGGAGUUACUCUGUCUUUCCUGAUGUUAGAAGGUAGUGAUGAUGGCCCCAGGUCUGCAUGUCCCAUUAUAUGCUCCAGUUAUAUUUUGAUAAAGUCCACGUGUUCCAUCCAUUAUCCAACCUGCUAUAUCCUAACUAGUGGGUUACGGG